ACACAAAGAACAACAUCAGUAAUGGCGUCUGUUUUUUACUCUGAAGACUUGAAUUGUUCUAUUUGUCUGACGAUCUUCACCGAUCCAGUGACUCUUCUCUGUGGACACUCUUUCUGCAGACAAUGCAUUACAGAUAUUUUGAACACACGGCACCAGUGUCCACAGUGUCUGACAGCUGUUGCAGCAGAAGGGAAAUUUCUUCCAACCAGCCUUAUAUUGAAAAGCCUCGCUGAGAAGGCCAAAGACGCCACAAAGAUGAAGGAACAGCAUGAACCCCAGAAAGCAGAAGUUUAUCAGAGAAGUCUACACCACAGACUGUAGAUGCUGCUGGCAGUGAGAACCAGGGUGGCUGAGUUGUGCCCUGAACAUGAAGAAAAGCUGAAAUUGUUCUGCGUCACAGAUCAGCAGUUAGCUUGUAUCAUAUGCCGAGAUGGGGAGAGGCACGAAGGACACAAGUUUAAACCAAUCAAAGAAGCAGCUGUAUCUCUGAGGAAGGAGUUGGAGAAAGGCAUGGAGAACCUUUGUGGCGAUAUACAUGUAACAGUGAGCUUAGCCAAGACACAGAGGGAAGAAAUAACAAAAACCAAAGAGAAGUCUAAGCAGCUGAUGACCCAAAUCUGCAGACAGUUUGUGGAGAUGCAUCAGUUUCUGAGACAGAGAGAAGAUGAGAUCAAGAAAGACCUGAAAGACAAAGAGGAAGAGGCCGUUGAGAAGAUGAGCGAGACAUUGAAUGCUAUGGAAACAGCUUUGUCUGAGAACAGAGAGCUGGAGGGAAAGGUGACAUCAGUUCUGAAAAUCCCAGACUAUGAGAAGUUCUUAAAGAGCUGGACUGAGGAAAACAGCAUGAAGACUCCUGAACAUUUAUUCAGGCCCAGAGCAAAUGAGCUCCAAGUGGUGAAUAAUUCUCUCACUUUGGGGCCUUAUGAAAGUCACUUGCAGUUCUUUAUGUGGAAGGAGAUGCUUCAGGUGAUCCAGCCCCGAGCUGAAGAGCUGUCAUUCAAAGGAAACAGCAGAGAUAUAACUGUGUCUGACGAUGGGCGGAGUUUGUUUUGUACUCCCCAAAGCAACCAACGAUCAGAUCCUUUUGGCAAUCCAUUUAACCAAGGCUUCGUUUUCUCUAGCUCCCACUCAUUCACUAACUCGCUUGACCAACGCAUGCUCAAAUCUGUCAUUGGCACAAUCAGUGUCAAUGAGUUCUCUUCAGGGCAACAUUACUGGGAGACAGAGGUUGGUAAAAGAGACUAUUGGGAACUUGGGAUAAAAGAUAAUUUCCUGAAAUACGAUGGACAAAAAUAUUCUACCUGUUGUGCAAAUAUAAUCAGAGAGCUAUCAUUUGCACACAGGCCUCGGAAGAUUGGGAUCUACCUAAACUGCUCAUCCAAGAAGCUCUCCUUCUACGAUGCAGACAACAUGACACAUAUUAACACUAUGAGCUCCAGUCUCAUGCCCAUACCACUGUCAGCAUAUUUCAACAUUAGAUGCAGAACACCAGAUCCUAACCCUAUGACUGUGUGCUGGUACUGAUAUAUGGAACAAUGGGCCAACAGGACAAAGUCAAGAUAAAUAUGAAAAAUAUCAGUUUUAAUUGGCUUAGUGCCUUAUUCUACAGGUUUCACAUUUUCUUGCGUCAUAAGAUCUGUUGGCCCGUGCACGGCCCAUUAGAAGGUUCUGAACAUGUUCUGACAGAGUAAAAGUAAAACUUUUGUCAAUAUAGACACUGUACCACGUUAGAUCGGUUAGAGUCUCUAGAUUUCAAAUACUUAGUUCAUUUUACGCUAAACAUAAGCACAUAAAUUUGAUUUAUUGAAAUCUACCAUCAUCAUGUACCAUCAUCGUGUACCAUCAUGUUCCAUUCCUCCAUUUUUGAUAUUCAUUUAGUCCGUAAGGGUCCACAGAUCACAAAAUCAAAAGAUUUUCUUCAUAAAAAGUAUUCCAGGUUAUGAAUAUCGCCAAGAGAAGUCCUCCACUCGCUUCUCCUCUCUCUUUCUCCGUCUGGCUCCAUAUGUUGCUGUGUUAGCAGGUCUGCUAUUGUUUGUUAGCUUUCUGGCUACAAAAUAAAGGCCUCCCUAUAAAGAUCGGAUCAGAUUUCACUUCUUGGGGGUUGGGGGAAGACAGCAGCGAAACGUUACAAAGUGGGAAAAUGCCACUUUUUUCACAGCUUUUCUGAAUGACUCUCUUGUAGAUAGGCGUCUCCCCUGACCAAUCAGAGCAAAUUAAGGAGGGUGUGCACUUCAGAGCCACGGCCAAUAGGCUGUUUUCACCCCAUCACAGCCCUAAAGGAAAUCAGUAGGAAAUAUAGAGCUAGUAAAGUGUUAUAUUAUAUUUUCAGUGUUUUAAGGAGCAGAAAAUAUCAAAAAAUCUGGCAAUUUAAAAACAAUAAGAACAAAACAAACAAUAUAGCGUGGAGGAAUGUGAUAAAUAACCUGCUUUAACCAAAAAGUUGCAUGGAACCAGGGGAACUUAAUCUCAGCUGUUUUAAACACAAUUUUCACACGAGAAACAACAACAUAGGGACGCUGUUCUCUGUAUUUACUGUUGUUUAUCAGUUUGUUUGCUCUCUCUCUCUUUUUUAAAAAGAACUUGACUCUUUUUCAACAAGAAAUGCCUGACCCUUGUCCCAAUAUCCACACCAGAGUAAUUCCUUGUUUCACAAAUGAAACUGUGCAAAUAUUAUGGUUGCCAUGGCGUUUGCAUUCGACCAAUCAGCAUCUGUCGAUCCUGCAAACCUUUGCCCUCAAGUUUCUGAACCUUUUAACCAGCACGUCAUUACUUAUUUUUAAGUCUACCUUUCUAAUAUUUCACAAGUAACAGCUAAAUUACUUUGAAUUUCUUCUCUCAGUUUGAAUGAUGUGAUUUUAAAUGUUGACUGUGACUUCAUAGUUUGUGAUUCUGGGAGUUUUACACUGUUGUACUGAAGUGGUUUUAUCUGCUGUCCACAUGAGGUGUUCCAUGUCUCUGUGUCUCCACAGGAGGGUGGUGUUUUCCAGAGUUUGUUAUGUGUCAACAGACCUCUGCUGUAUGAGGCUGGUGUACAGCAAUCAGUCUUUGGCUUUAUUUCAAUGUAUAAAAAAAUAUGCUUAAUAAAAGUUUACUGGCUCUCUCACAGUCUCAAAGAA